CCAAAACAACAAAUAGUGUUGCGACAUACGCCUAAUGUUUUCAAGGGUCUCCUGGUGGGGAUAAUAGCUUUCCGUCGCUUGAUGUGCUGCUCAAACACUUAAUUUCACGGAAGUCGUCAUUUGCGCUAAACGUGUGCCUCGUGAAAGACUUGAAAACUUGUGAAAAAGUGCCAUUUUCGUCCUAAUUGCCGCACAUUUGCAUAAAGUGUAAAGUUUUUGUAAUCACAGUGGUGAUUUCUUUUAACAUCCCUCCAUUUAUUCAUCACCCCAUCCUCCAAAAUUCAAUUGUGCAAAGGUAUCUCGAGAAGAGAUUCAUGAAAUUUUACUCACUCUUUCUGGUACCUACCCUUGAAUAUUGAUUUCCCAAAGAAACCCACCCACACACUCUCACAGAAGGGAUCCACAUUAAAGCCAUCGUAAUGUCGCAUAUUACAAUUCUGGACGAGCCGAAUGGCAACACAUUGUCCCUGAAACCCUCCUCGCUGGCUCCGUCAAUAUCCACUGAGGAUUUAUCAGAGUAUACGGAUGCUGAUGAGAGCAUCUCCGCCCCAACAGAGUAUUUCGCAGAAUUUCUCUCCGCCGUCAUGACACAUGACUACAGAAGGGCACUGAAAUAUUGCAAACUCAUUCUCGAGUUUGAGCCCAAUAACAUAACAGCGAAGGAAUUCUACCCACUGAUUUUGGAGAAGAUAAGCUGCGAUCUCAGUUUGGCUCCCUUUGACGUGUCCCUUUCGGGAUCUGGUGCGCAAACCACUACGGACAGUUCUGUGACGCUAGAACAAUCGGAAGGCGAGCAAGAGUUGGCUUUCUGGAUGCUGAACGAUGCUGAUGAUCUUCACAACUACUACGUGAAGAUCAACGUGCCUGAAUUGUACAGAUCCUUGAACAAGUCAAUUUGCGAAGCUGGGGCGAAUUCUGUGGAUUUAGGGAAGCUCUGCAAGUAUUUCUACGAGUUCGGCCUCCACGUGUCCAAGUUCGAUGAUCACAACACGAUCGAGAACAUGCUGCUGAACACUCUGCGACAGAGACUCACGCACAUCAUCGACAUGUGCAACUGUGCGGACGUGAAGAGCAAAAGAGACAGUCAUUUUGAUUGUUCAGAGGAGAAAUUGUACAGUAGCGGAUGUGAAACAUUCUCAGCCUAUCACAAUUGGCUCACGAGAGAUGCUACAGAGUCCAGGAUUAGAAAUGGGAAGCGGAAACGAUCGCAAAUGGAAGUUGAUGAUAUUCUAAAAUUGUAAAAAAGGGAUCAAUUAAUAAAAUUCACAAAAGCAAAGAGACUUCUCAAUUAUGUUCCAGAGGAUUUCAGGUGGAGGGAAAUUCCCUGAUCUUUUCUUUUCAC